AUGUCCGAGCAAGACGUUCAUCCAAGCAAAGACAACAAAUUGCGAAGUAUCUGCAAAUACUAUAUCGAUUCAUAUCUUGCAUUGUAUCAGCUAAAAACGGAAAACGAAAGAGAAUUAAAGUCAAUUUACAAAAUGAUCAAAACAGAAUUGAUUGAUUCAAAGAAAUUUCUUCCAGCAAAUGUCAUUGAAGACAUUUUAAAUAUCAUUCCGUAUAAUAAUCGCUAUGCAAAGUCAUAUUUAUAUCUUGCCAAACUCAUCUCUGAUAAUUACCAUGUCACAGAGGUCAAUAAUGUCAUAAGUAUUUCAAACAUCCUAUUUUAUAAAGAAUAUGGAAUUAAAUUAGUCAAAUCUGAUGAUUUCGAAAAAGUUAAUACAAAAAAUCUGGAUAUUCAUUCAGAAGAUACAAUUUACAGGGCCAUUAUGUAUAAUGACAAAGAAAAAUUCAUCUCAUUCACUGAACAAGAAGGAUUUAAUAAAGACCAAACGCUUGAAAGCAAAUUAUACCCAGAAUCUUAUAAUAAAUAUUCAUUACUUGAAUUAUGCUGUUACCAUGGAGCUGUUGAUUGUUUCAAGUUAUUAAGAACCAAAUUCAGCUCAGAAAUAACUCAAAAGUGUCUCCAAUUUUCAUUUUUAGGAGGAAAUCCAGAGAUCAUGAGUGAAUGUUUGAAACAUCAAAAACCAAAUACAAAAUGCAUGAAAUAUGCAAUUAUUUCACACAACAUUGAUUUUGUUACAUUUUUGAUGAAUGAGUACAAUAUAGAGAUUGAUUUAUUAUAUUGUGGAAUUUACAAUAAUCUUGAAUCAUUUUUGGUUUAUUUCGAUCAAACUAAUGAUGUAAAAAAUGCUUUCUUGAAUCGCCGCUAUUUAAUAUUCCAUCCCUUUUGGAAUUCUUCCUUUCACAAGGUGUGA